GAAUACUAGUUUAAAGAUUUUCUUUACAAAACAGAUAAUCCGAAUCACAAAACAUGUCUUUAAAGACUUAUUUUCGUUGGGACUGUUCCAAAUUUUACUUUCUGUGAAAGUGAAAGUAGAAUGAAGCGACUAAGUCUAAAGCGAAAACUUGGCCCUACAAAUGAGGAAAAGCCGUCUGUUGAGACUGCUCUAAAAUCAAGCAAUUUAUCUUGCAACAAUAGAGUUGACGAUAUAAAAAACAAAGCGAAUGACAGAUCCAAAGAAAAUGUUCAAUCACUGCCAGAAAAAAAUUUGCAACCACUGCCAAUUACAACCAAGCUCUCACCUUUCCCUCCAUUCAUACCAAAUAAGAAGCUGGAAGACAAUGUCACUAAGAAAAAGCCCAUAGGAGAACUGACACCAUUCCCACCCAUGUGUCGUCUGUGUAGAAAACGGAAGCCACAGUCUCAUGGUAUCCUGGAAAAAUGCUUGACAGCUAAUACAAAAAAUGAAAGGAAAAAUAGUAUACCAGAAACUUCAGACCUGCAGGAUGAUCAAGGAAGAUCACUCAUACAGGAAGCACAACAGGAACCAGUACCCAGUGCAAGUACUGUUUCACAAUGUCCCAUGUGUGGCAAAGCUUUUGAUCCAAGGUAUGUAUCACUAAAGACAGCAGUUCUGUAUGAAUACAGUUGAACUUUAGUAUCUUGAACAUAGAAAUCGAA